AUGUGUUACGAUAGUGAUAUUGCAGAUACUGAGAAGAAAUCAGCGUACCGCUCCGGCUUCACAACGCUGAUGGUCCUUGGUUUGACAGCAUUAGUGCUAACUAGUCCUCCAAUGGUAACAGACCACUUUGCGAGAGUUCUGUCCACAAUUCUUGCUGCUAUUAUAAUAUUUCUGGACACUGACGCAUUCUGCAUCACUAAUAGGCUGAUCGUGUAUUGUGGAGACAUUUCCUAUAUUCUUUACCUUGUACACUGGCCAGUAAUUGUUGCUACUCGUUACUUUUGCGACACUCAACAUCUUAGCGGUACAGCCGCCGUGUUUGCCGUUGUUCUCAGUUUGCUGAUCUCAAUAGCUGCUCAUCAUUCCGUCGAGGUAGAUUACUCCAUGAUGAUCAUGCACAUGUGCUGCGUUUAUAGGAAUCAUAGAGUCUCAUUAUUGUUACACGAGACAGCGAGACCAUGCUCAUUAGACAUUAAAAAAGCCACAAUGUCGUCCCUGUACAGUGGCUUAGUUGCAGCCCCCACACGUCAGCAGCUGAACGGAUUCGUCCAACUUUCAUGCCCAGCUGAAGAAAUAGAAUUACUUUUCCGUCACUGGGAAAGCAUCUGGUUCAGCGGCUUGAAUUACCUGAAGGAGACUAGUGAUUAG